AUGGAUCAAAUGGGGCCUCACAUCCAUGUUGUGUCACCGGAUGUCGCGUUAAAGAGUCUUGAAACAUACGAGCUCAUCGGUUUCGACACCGAUACAGCUACCAAAAUGUGGAAGAGCUUCGUUCAUGCACCGGAGGAUGACGAUGCUCCUGAUACCGAGUUUCUAGAUUAUGCCAGAUUCCAGAUCGAACAUACAGGUGUCCGUGAUAUCGACUCGCUGUCCGACGAUUGGGAGGAAGCGAUGAAGCGCAUAGGAAUCAAUGCGUCCUUACGCUCUUCAAUAAUGAUGCCUGAGUUUGAAGAUUUGCGCGCGACCCUUCCUGCAAGCACUGGCUCAUUGAAGCUAUCGAAAUUUGCACGCCAACACAUCAAAAAGAUAUCCGGCCACCAACCGUCUUACAAGGAGGAGUCUGCAUCCGCUCCCGCUCCCGCAUCAACCGCCCAGGGGGCUCCGCUCGCUCUCGACCGAUGUACGAUGAUCUGGAGGGCAUGUAGUCGAUCUAGCGCGGAAGAAUUCACCAAUACCGACCCAUCAUAUCUUAACUUGAAUCCAAUGUCCAGUGCUCCAGGGGAUUUUAGCGGGUAUACUCGCCUUGCAUCCUGGACCCCACAGAAAGAGACUGCCGACCGGUAUGCGACGUGGCUGAGGUACAAGGUUCCCAUUGCAGAGAUCGCAAUCAUACAAGUAGCGAUACCAGAAACCCUAAUCAAGUCACUAUCAGUGGCAUAUCUGUGGUCCAAUGGCGCGCCGUCGGAAGCAGACCGAUGGAGGAAGAUCGUGUGGACAAGCAGGCGCGCACAAACGAUUCCGAGGGAUCUUUUCGAUCUCGAACGUGUGGACCUAUGGAUCGGUCACAUUGCAUCUGGCAGGUACUGCAAUUUCGUCACAAUGAAGGACCCGAGCGAGAUAAAGGAUUCAGACGUUCUCAAUAUCAACAUCGACAACACCGCGACAAAGGCCAUACAAUGGGUGUUUUACACGAGCCAUGCUAGGGACGUCUUCUGCAAGGGAUGCGCGGGCAAAGUGUGGGUUCAUGGUCUUGGGAGACUUUUGGGAGGGAAGAUGGAGUAA